GAGGCGACACCUGUCCCGUCGCCCACCUCGCCGCCGCGAUCGCCUCCCUCAAAGCCGCACCAACUCCCCACCAACGUUCGAGCUCCACAUCCCCCGAUGCCUCCCAUCUCCCAUUUUUAAUCCCGCCCCGCCCAACUGGAUUUCCCCUUGCUAAUUGUGGUAUCCUGUAGCGAUCCACGCCCCGCGGCCGCAACUAAUCACGCUCCCCUCGAGCUCCAGCCCCAGUCUCCCUAUCCCCCUCCUGCCCUGCCGCUGCCCGCCGCGGCUCGGUUAUAAGUCGAUCUCCCCCCUUUUUCCUCUGCUCUGUUCGGUGCCUUCCGCCUUGCAUCUUCCUCCCUUCCUGUCUGUGGUUUCAAAGCUGCGGCUUUGCGGACCUGGUGCGGAAUUCCGGUGGGAUUUGGGGGAGCGGAGAGGAGAGGAGGAGCGGGGAUGGAGCGGCAGGGCUCGAUCUACUCGCUCACGUUCGACGAGUUCCAGAGCGCGCUGGGCGGCGCAAGCAAGGACUUUGGGUCCAUGAACAUGGACGAGCUGCUGCGCAACAUCUGGACGGCCGAGGAGUCCAACGCCAUGGCCGCGGCGGCACCGGCGACGGCCGCCGCGUCCGCGCACCACCACCACCAGCAGCAGCCGGCGGCGCCCAUCCAGCGCCAGGGCUCCUUCACGCUGCCGCGCACGCUCAGCCAGAAGACGGUCGACGAGGUCUGGCGCGAGAUCGUGGGCCUCACCGGCGGGGAGGACGAGCCGCCGGUCCCGCCCCCCGCCCCCGCCGCGCCUCCCGCGCCGCUGCCAGCGCAGGCGCAGGCGCAGCGGCAGCCGACGCUGGGGUCCAUGACGCUGGAGGAGUUCCUGGUGCGCGCCGGCGUCGUGCGGGAGGAUAUGGGGCAGCAGCCCCUCGUGCUGCCGCCGCACGCGCAGGCGCUCUUCUCCCAGGGCAAUGCCGUCGCGCCGCAGACCUUGCAGCUGGGGAACGGGAUGGUGACCGCGGUCGUCGGCCAGGGGCUCGGGGGAGCGAUGACGGUGGCCGCGCCGACGACGCCCGUCGUGCUCAACGGGAUGGGGAAGGUGGAGGCCGGCGAUCUGUCGUCACUGUCGCCGGUGCCGUACCCCUUCGACACCGCGCUCAGGGUGAGGAAGGGCCCGACCGUCGAGAAGGUGGUGGAGAGGAGGCAGAGGCGCAUGAUCAAGAACAGGGAGUCGGCAGCCAGGUCGCGUGCGAGGAAGCAGGCUUACAUAAUGGAGUUGGAAGCAGAGGUGGCAAAACUUAAGGAGCAGAAUGACGAAUUGCAGAAAAAGCAGGUCGAAAUGCUAAAGAAGCAAAAAGAUGAGGUCCUGGAGCGAAUCAAUAACCAACUUGGACCAAAGGCAAAGAAACUUUGCCUGCGUCGCACCCUGACCGGCCCGUGGUAGCCUGCUGAAGCUUACACAAAGUUGACCAAGUUAAGAUCGUCGGCUUCUUUAGAUGUGACCCAUGUAUAUAUAUCAGAUGAAGUCAGAAUCUCCAGUUCCACCCGUAGACCGCCGCCGCUUCAAAGCUACCAUCCUCCUUGUUAUGUGACUGUUCGGUGGACAGUUACUGUUUAGGUUCAGUUGCGCAAUCCUCAGAUGGAAAAUGAGGCAUACCAUCUAAUCUGUUUAACUCCCACCUAUCUAUUGCCAUGUUGAGAUCAUGAAUGUAACUUAAUGUUGUUUUCUGGAUGCAGCUGUGCUGCUGCUUUACAUGUUGAGAUAAUCAGAUAAUGGUGAGAUACCAUCAGGUCAUAGCUCAGUUAGCAUGUACCCUAGCGAUAAGAGUUUUUAGUUUCUAACCUGCUUGUAAGUUGUAACAAUGCCCUUUCUUCGGGCUAUGUGCUGACGAAUGUGAGAUGACAUGUAGCUGUCGCGUUCAAUGAG